AUGGAACCAAGAGAUCUCUCUCUCUUACCGUCAGGCUCUUUCCGCCUCCUCACCGCGACCCACUCCUCUUCUAUCACCGUGAUCCACACCCUCCUCUCCUCCCCUUCCUCCGCCCUCUACAACUUCGUCACCCUUCGCCGCCUCUCCCUCGCCCCUGACUUCCACACCUUUUCUUUUGCGUUCAAGGCAUGUUCCCUCUUCCCUUCUUCUUCUUUCAUCUCCAUCGCCCUCUCGCUACACUCUCAGGCCUUCAAAUUCGGCUUUCUUGCCGAUCUUUUCUCCCUCAACGCCCUCAUAUGCGUUUACUCCCUCCAUCGCCGCGUCCACGAUUCUCACAAGCUGUUCAACGAGAAUCUUUAUAGGGAUAUUGUCUCUUAUAAUGUCAUGGUUCAUGGGUUCGUUAAAAUUGGUGAGACUACGCGCGCGUGGGAACUGUUCGACGAAAUGUCAGAACGAGAUUCUGUGUCUUGGGGCAUCAUGAUUGUUGGUUAUAGCAACGCGAAGCUGUGUUAUGAAGCCAUUGAUUUAUUUAAUGAGAUGAUUGGAUUGGGAAUUAGGCCAGAUAAUAUAGCUCUGGCAAAUGUUCUCUCAGCUUGUGUUCAAACGGGAGAGUUGGAACAGGGUAGGAUAGUGCAUAAUUACAUUACAAGGAAUGGGAUUCGGAUUGAUUCGUAUCUGGCCACUGGGUUGGUGGACCUGUAUGUAAAGUGUGGUUGUCUUGAGAACGCAAGGGAUGCAUAA